AAAAUGAAUGGGGAGGAAUACAGAUCAACAGAGAUUCCAGGGUUCAAUGGCAUUGGUUCGGCAAGAUCGAUAGCAAAACUACUAAAUAUACUAGUUAACGGUGGGAAAUUCGAGGGGAAAACCCUGGUAUCGCCGAGAGUAUUAUUAAAUCUCACAACGUGCGGUGAGGAAGCGUUUGACGAAAUCUUAUUGGAUAAGGCGAAAUGGUGCACUGGUAUGAUGUCACAUCCGGUUCUACAAGAGAUUCCAAUGAAUCGCGUGAUAGGCCACAGUGGAUUUGGUGGACAAGAAGCCUACUUCGAUUUAGACAAUGACCUUUCAUUUGCAUACACAACAACGACGUUAUCACCGUCAGACUUUGGUAAAGACAAGAGAUACGUCUCGCUAUUACGAGCAACGUACAACAGCAUUGGACGGACCCCAGCUCUGUAGAUUACUCUCACGAAAAACAGCUUUGCUAGCAAUGGAAAAAAAUGAUAUGUUACACUAGAAGCAUGCUUACAUGUCAACCUAUCGAAUGGUUAAACUUUUUUGAAGACCUAUACCGUAACAUUUUACUAAGACUACAUCUUAGUGAGCUGAUGUAAUGUAUGUUGGAUGUUCCUACUGUAAGCAUUCAAUACGAAGUGG